CUCAGUUGGAGAGGGUGAACUGUUUCCAGGAUUUUCGGAAGCAAAAGGAAUUAAAAGAUAACUUUUUCCCCCCGAACAUUCCACAUGAACUGUAUCCAGUGCUGACCACAGAUCAGCUUGUACUGCUCAGCUCAUUCAUGACAAUGCUAUUAGAUGGAGGACCGCAGUUUCCCACCCUGGGAGUUGGUGGGUUUGGGACAGCUCGCCAUCAUGAGAUGUCCAACCGAGAUGCUGGCAUGGGGCUUAAUCCAUUCACUGAGCCUUCUCAUGCUGCGGCUUUUAAGCUCAGUCCAGCAAGUCAUGAUCUUUCUUCAAGCCAGAGCUCAGCUUUUACCCCACAGGCUUCUGGAUAUGCCAGUUCACUUGGACAUCAUGCUGGGCAGGUGCCAUCUUACGGUGGUGCAGCCUUUAACUCAACACGCGAUUUCCUUUUCCGAAAUCGUAACUCUGGAAUUGCAGACUCAUCUUCUGCAGGCAGUCAACAUGGACUUUUUGCCAACCAUGGGCCCCCAGGAAUUGGUGAGCCCCCAGGACACCUGAUCUUCCCCGGACUUCAUGAGCAAAGUUCCAGCCAUACAUCAUCCAAUGGACAUGUGGUCAAUGGUCAAAUGCAUUUAGGACUCAGAGGAGAUAUUUUCGGACGUCCAGAUCCUUAUAGGGCAGUGCCCAGCCCGAGGACAGAUCAUUAUGCUGCUGCCCAAUUCCAUAAUUAUAAUCACAUGAAUAUGAGCAUGAAUGUAGCUGCUCACCAUGGCCAAGGGGCUUUCUUUAGAUACAUGAGGCAACCCAUCAAACAAGAGUUAUCGUGUAAAUGGCUUGAGGAAUCAACAAUGAACCAUCCUCAGAAAACCUGUGACAGGACAUUUAGCAGCAUGCAUGAACUGGUUACACAUAUGACAAUGGAACAUGUUGGGGGUCCAGAACAAAAUAAUCACAUAUGCUACUGGGAGGAAUGUCCCAGGGGAGGUAAAUCUUUUAAAGCAAAGUAUAAACUAGUGAAUCAUAUCAGGGUGCAUACCGGAGAAAAACCCUUUCCAUGCCCCUUCCCUGGAUGUGGGAAAAUCUUUGCACGUUCAGAAAAUCUCAAGAUCCACAAAAGAACUCAUACAGGUGAGAAGCCAUUCAAGUGUGAGUUUGAAGGCUGCGAUAGAAGGUUUGCAAACAGCAGCGACAGGAAAAAACAUAUGCAUGUGCACACGUCAGAUAAGCCAUAUAUCUGCAAAGUGUGUGAUAAAUCCUACACUCACCCCAGCUCCCUAAGAAAGCACAUGAAGGUUCAUGAAUCACAAGGGUCUGAUUCUUCCCCUGCUGCCAGCUCAGGGUACGAAUCUGCUACCCCACCAGCAAUGGUUUCUGCCAACAGUGAGGAACCUUCCAAAAAUUCAUCAGCAACACAUCAGACUAACAACAAUUCUCAUAACACAGGACUACUUCCACCUAAUUUUAACGAAUGGUAUGUCUGAGCAAAAUGUAGAGAGGCCUAGUCAUGCUCAACAAAAGGACCAUGUGCAAAAAAACAGAAUCCAAUUUUUUUUAUGUUGAACCAAGGCGGAAAUGGAAUUUACCACACAAGCAACAGUAUAGGGCUUCAUCUUGUUAAAAUAAUUUACCAACAUUUUCUAAAGAUGGCUACAGACUAACAAAGCCCUUUUCUCAGGAUCUGAACACAUUUUUUGGUGUUUGUAUUUCCUCUGAUUUUAUGCCCUUUUCAUUUUAACAACUUCACUCCUUUUUUUUUUUUUUAAAGAAAUUAAGAGGUCUUUAGCUAAUGUACUUAAAAUUCUCUUCACCUUUGUGGUGAAUGUUAAACUCUCACAUUCUUAAACAGUGCCAAAGUCUUGUUAUUUCUUGAACCUAACUCAAAGCAUUACACUUGUGAAUGUAUUCCUUGUCUUAUAGGGUCAAAGCUGUUGUGUGGCAUAUUUUCAGAAAUGGGAAUGUGAUGUUCAUACACAGAUUGUGACCAUUUAGUACAGUUGCCUUUUGUAAGAACUUUUGUAAAUACUUAUCCACGAUGCCAUAUAUUUAUCAUUUGUAAUUUAAUUAUUGAUACAAGUGCCGGGAACUGAACAAUAUUUAUGAGAAAAAAAGUUUUUCUAACAAAACUCUGUAUAGCUUUUGGUUAUAACUGCUUUAGCAUUAAAAAUGAUUGUUUUGAAGAAUUCCCAUUUAAGCUGUCUAACAAAUGUUUGUUUACGUCAUGCAAUGCUGAAACUAAUGACAAUAUUCUGAUUCUGCUGUAUUAAUUGGUCAUCAAAAACUAUAAUUUUUCAGCUUGUUUGAGCAAUACUUGUAGAUAUAUAAAAUAUUUAAGAUAAAAUCCUAUUUAUUUUGAAGAAUAAAGUAUAACUGAAGUACUUGUUG